CUGGAGGCCGCGGCAGCCGAGGCGCGAGCUGCCCGAUAAUGGCGGCCUGCAGAGCUCAUGAGAGGGAGAAGCGGCGGCGGCUGCCCUGAGAAACCUCGACCUUGAAGAUGGUGAGUAGCCAGCCAAAGUACGAUCUAAUACGGGAGGUAGGCCGAGGUAGUUACGGUGUUGUUUAUGAAGCAGUCAUCAGAAAGACCUCUGCAAGAGUAGCAGUGAAGAAAAUUCGAUGCCACGCACCUGAAAAUGUUGAACUAGCCCUGCGAGAGUUCUGGGCACUAAGCAGUAUCAAGAGCCAGCACCCAAAUGUGAUUCACUUGGAAGAGUGCAUUCUGCAAAAAGAUGGGAUGGUGCAAAAGAUGUCCCACGGCUCUAAUUCUUCCCUUUAUUUACAGCUUGUAGAGACUUCAUUAAAAGGAGAAAUUGCCUUUGAUCCCAGAAGCGCCUAUUACUUGUGGUUUGUGAUGGAUUUUUGUGACGGAGGAGACAUGAACGAGUAUCUGUUGUCCAGGAAGCCCAACCGAAAGACGAACACCAGCUUUAUGCUUCAGCUCAGCAGUGCUUUGGCUUUCUUGCACAAAAACCAGAUCAUCCACCGAGACCUGAAGCCUGAUAACAUCCUCAUUUCUCAAAGCAGGUUGGACACCAGUGACUUGGAACCCACACUGAAAGUGGCCGAUUUUGGUCUGAGUAAAGUUUGCUCGGCUUCUGGACAGAACCCUGAAGAACCUGUCAGCGUAAACAAGUGUUUCCUUUCCACGGCGUGUGGGACGGAUUUCUACAUGGCUCCUGAAGUAUGGGAAGGACACUACACAGCAAAAGCUGACAUCUUUGCUCUGGGAAUUAUCAUCUGGGCCAUGCUGGAGAGGAUCACCUUCAUAGACACAGAGACCAAGAAGGAGCUCUUGGGGAGCUAUGUAAAGCAGGGGACCGAAAUUGUGCCUGUGGGGGAGGCACUUCUGGAAAACCCCAAAAUGGAGCUCCUCAUCCCGGUGAAGAAAAAGUCGAUGAAUGGGCGAAUGAAGCAAUUGAUUAAGGAGAUGCUGGCCGCAAACCCUCAGGACCGUCCAGACGCUUUUGAACUAGAGCUCAGAUUAGUCCAGAUUGCUUUUAAAGACAGCAGCUGGGAAACGUGACCUCCCGCCUGCAAGUGUCUUAGAUGGUGUGCUGCUUCUGACUCAACAGUGAUUCAACAUUACAUGGUCGGAAAGAAGACGAAAGUUAGACUCCACUCUCUGAGGGUUUAGGUUCAUUGUGGGGUCAUUUUUUUUCUCUCAUUUUUCUUACUCCAUGCAGGCCAUUUUAUUGUAUGUUUUGAAUGUGUAUUACCAAUGGGGUAUAAAAAAUUUUUUUUAAUGAUCAUUGGUAAAAGUUUGGCAGAAAAAAUUCUCCUAAAAGCCAAGCAGAGAAGAGAGUCCAAUUUUCUGGAAAUAUGUCUUUAAGUAUUUUAGACAUUCCUUGUCAGUAUUAGGCAUUUCCAUGGAAGAAGAGGUUUGCAUGCUGGUCAUGCAACCUUUGAAGCUUUGUAAAGGAAACAUAUAUGUAUAUAUUUAUGUAUAUGUAAGUAUGUGAAUGUGUGCAUUUUGCAUUCCACAUGAAGAAAAUGCCACUUCUGUUUAAAUUAUUUGAUAGAGGUUUGGGUUUUUGAGAUUUGCUGGUGAAAUUGGUGAUGAAAACUCACACAGAACCACCCCUCAUCUUCUACCUGCCCCUUCCGCUCCUGGAAAGACACUUUUAUUUUUUGUUUGUCUGUUGUUUUGUUUUGUUUUCCCAAUAUACAUCUCUUGAGAGGCAUCAUUUUGGAGGGUCUAAAAUGGCUGAGUAAACGUAAUUGGAGCUAAGCCAAGCUGCUGGAGUAAGUCUGAGCUCUCCGGGCCCUGUAGCUCUUCGAGUGGAAUUAGUCUCAGUCACUUGGUAGGAGGUCGGCAAGGAUGCCGAUGGCUCAGCCAGACCUUCAGGUAACUGAGCGUUUGUUUAAACCACUGCACUGGGACAUGUGUGUGCUUGCACAUCUGCCGUGACCUGAGGAUGGUAUUCUUCUGCUCUGAAACAUUGCUUUACACGACUGUAAUACUUGAUGUAUUAAUUUUGAGUUUUAUGACUUUUUCUAAGUCUCAGCAUAAAGUUGAAGAAACCAAAUGUGCUCACCCUCGAGUUGCUGGCCCUGAUGUGGCUUCCUGUUGGAUCACUGGAGUCCCUGUCACUUUGGCACUGUGAUACAGUAAUGGGACUGGUAAUCACUGUCAUAAAUAUUGGUUGCUUUUUUCCAAAGUGAGAGAUGAUACACACAGAGUUUGGCAAAUAGAUAAAAUUUUGUGCCAUCAACUGCUUUUCGAGCAGAAAAGUUGUGGGUAUCAUAUCGUCACCUGGUGUUGUCAGUCAGAAAGCAAGAGCCUCCUAACUCCUGAAGUGAGACUCUAGCUGCAUGUUUGUCCCUAGAUUGUCCAUGCUGAUGCGGGAAAGGGAGUCUUUCCUAAACCAGAAUAUGCUAUUAGAGUCUACCAUUGUAUCUCCAAAUGAAGCUUUCUGAUGCACUAAACCCUCACCCACCCCUCCUGGGGUGGAGCCCUGGGCCCUGGGCAGGUAGGGAAGUGUGGGACACUGACCCCCAUGGAUCCUUAUAAAGCACUAAAAUGCAAAAGUCAAAAUAGCAGCGUGUUGACCGUGUCUCCUCAAUGCUUGAAACUCCACCCUUCACCUUGGGGCUGGGUCUAGCUCAGUGAGCGGCCCUGUGUUCAAUCCCUAGCACCCUAAAGGCAGUAAGUUAACUCAUGUGUUCAGAGGGUAAUAAAAGAUAAAACGCAAAAAAAAAAAUAAAACAUGUAAAGCUGGAGGUUUAGAAACAUGAAUAGAAAGGCUUUAUUAAAAUCCCAUCAAAUGAAAAAAAAAAGUCACACCUAAUAUCACUUGCAGACUUAACUAAAAUAAUUCUUUCUGGAAUAGAAGCAUACUAGACAUUCAUGGUAAUUGACCCUCUAGGUCAUCAAGUUGACACAGAUCUGACGAGGGGAUCAAGUUCCAGGAAAUUAGAAAGUCUCAUUAUAAUGUAUUCUCAAUGACUUGGCGCUGCGUCAGAUCGAUAUGUGACGUAGCCAACAGUUCAUUUGUUCUACAAGUACCUGUGCACUAGAAGCCCAUACAUCCUAAGCACAUAGCUUCUGAGCCUGUCUCCUUGAAAUAAUGUGUAAUUUGCUUUGUCUUUUGUUUUGGUUGGCACUGGGAUCCCACCAGUGCCUUGCAUGUGCUACACAAAGGCUUUGCCACUGAGCUACAUGUCUAGCCCCAGUUAUAAUUUAUUUUGAAAGAUUUUUAUUUGUGAAAUAUAAUUCUUUCUUUCAUUAGAGGUAAGAGUGUGGGGUGAUCGGGAAAUUUCUUCCAGAAUUUUCUCAAGUCCUUGUAUUCUAAAAUAGCUUAUGAUAAUCAACAAAAGGAUAGUAAUUUCUUUGUCUUUCUUUGUUCUUUUCAGUCAGAGGUAUUUAUUAAGUACCUACUGUGUGCUCAGCACUAAAGUUUAGUUGAUUUGACAACAAUUUAAGAUUUGCAUUUGGGGGGGGGGGGCUGGACUCAGCAGUUUAGAGAACUUGCUCUUGCACAGAACAGAGUUCAGUUCCCAGCACCCAUGUUGGGUAGCUCACAACCACCUAACUCCAGCUCCAGGGAACCCAGUAUCCUCUUGCUUCCAUAGACACACACACACACACACACACACAUAUACAUGAUUAAAAAAAUAAAAAUAAACCUUUUUUUAAAAAAUGACAUUUAGCCAUGCACUUUCUCCAGUCACGGGUAAGAAAUCAAGAUGGGGAGUGAUAAUUGGAAAAUUUGGGUAUUUGCUAAAAGACAAAUGCAAUCCAGAUAUUGUGCACAGUGCCUUGCCCAUGAUAGGUACUCAAUAAACAGUUAUUCCUCAUAGUCUGUUGCCAUGGUUUCUAGUGUUUUAUGAAAUUUGUCUUAAUUGAAAAAGACCAAAUAUUUCCGAUAACGCUCAUAGGCAGCUGUGUCCCGUCACUGUAGGGUUGUACAGUUAGGUCCUAGAUGUUACUUUGCACUAGUUGUCACUUAGAACAUGGGGGCUGUAGAUUCUUGGUGCUAAGGGAUGCUUUGUCAUUUCAAUGAUGUAAGUGUUAAGUGUCAGAUAAAUAGCACAGAAUAGUUCUUUCUGCAGGUCUGGAUUUUUGUUCUUGUUUUUUUCUUUGUUUUUAAUUGUAAAAUGUUACCAAUCAAACUAUUGUAGCAGCUACAAAAUAAUUCACCAGCAUGACAAAGUAGUCAAUAAACGAUGUCAUAGGCACAUCAGAAAUGAAAGCAACUUUAAAAUUUUUCUUUUAAAAUUGUCAAAUAUAUUUUAUGAAGAAUUUAUAAAGGGGAAAGUAUUGUAAUUUAUUGUUCAUGAGUUUUUUGUUUUUUUUUUUAAUAAAGUGAAUUUCA